UUUGGGUUGAUUCAGUUUGUAUUUAAGAUGUGGUGUGGGCCACUGGUUGUGCUGGCUGCGGUGUUCUGGACCCAGUGUGUCCUGCUGGAAGGGGUAGACGCCAAGAAGGAGAGGAAGAGGCCGAAGGAGACCCCCCCACAGUACACAGAGGCGUACAACGCUACUCUCUCCAACAGUGAAGAGGUCGGCGAGAGCACCAAGCAGAUUCCUGACAACCAGAGAGUAGAUCCCCUGGGAUCAUGGAUGGACUUUGUGAAACGACCCGUAGACAACUUCCCUGGGAAAUGCCGCAAACGCAAAAGGCCACUGCCAGGACCACCAGGUCCUGCUGGUCCUCCAGGCCCUCAGGGGCCUCCUGGAUUCCCCGGGGCAGAGGUCACCCAGGAGGUCCUCCUCCAGGAGUUCAAAGAGAUGAUAAAAGAAGCUACAGAGAGGAGAGCUGCUGCAGUGGACAAGCAGACCAGUACCAGUCCUAGUCAGAUACCCAUGGCCCUCAUUGCCCUGGAAGGAAUGACCUCUUACAGGAGGAUAGAGGAAGCCUUCCACUGUAAACUCAUAGGACCUGUGGUUGUCGACAAGAAGACACUGAUGGAGCUACAAAACUUUCAGACGCCUCCUGCUAAAGGUGCCUUCCUCAGAGGGACAGGAAUGGACCAAUCCACAGGACGAUUCACAGCUCCCGUUACAGGGAUCUACCAGCUCUCUGCUAAUGUUCAUAUUGACCACAGCGAGGUAAAGAGGAGUAAGAGUCAGCUGAGAGCCAGGGAUAAUGUACGAGUGCUGAUCUGCAUCGAAUCCCUGUGCCAUCGAUAUACGUCGUUAGAGAUGAUUGUUGGAUUGGAAAGUAACAGCAAGAUCUUCACAGUGUAUGUGCAAGGGUUGCUGGAGCUACAGAUUGGACAGUACACCUCCAUAUUUGUGGACAAUGGUGCUGGGGCAUCCAUCACAAUACAGAAUGGCUCUGACUUCAUGGGGAUGUUGCUGGGUGUAUAG